AUGGUACAGGGAUGGACACUGCUCGAAACCUCUCUUGGCUCGAUUGCGAGACUGAAGGACUUCCAGGAGGACGUCAAGCCAGAGGAUGAAGAUAACAAACCUGAACCAGACGAGCAUUGGCCUAAUACUGGUGUCAUUGAAUUCCGAAACGUGACAGCUGCGCACAACCCCUCUGCCAUCGCACUUCAUGAUGUCUCUUUGACGGUCGAAUCCGGCCAGAAGGUUGGCAUUUGCGGGCGCACAGGAAGCGGUAAAAGUUCAUUUGUGGGAACAAUCCUCGGGCUUCUUGAAGUCACUGCUGGAAAGGUGUUCAUUGAUGGCAUGGAUCUUGCCGCCAUUCAGAGGGACACUGUCAGGGAGCGCCUCAUAACGAUUCCUCAAGAUCCCUUGAUUCUCAUCGGGAGCGUUCGAUUAAAUGCAGACCCAGCGGGCAGUAAUGACGACGACGCCAUCAUUACAGCGCUCACAAAAGUUGGGCUUUGGGGCGUGCUUAGCGAGAGAGGUGGCCUGGACGCUGAGAUCACCGCAUCAUCCUUGUCAAAAGGACAGCAACAGUUGCUUGCGCUGGCUCGUGCAUUGCUGAAAAAGGGCAAGAUUCUGAUCCUGGAUGAACCCACAAGCAACGUGGAUGCGGAGACAGAUGGAACAAUGCAACGAAUCCUAAGAGAGGAUUUUGCAGACUGCACGAUCUUGACGGUUGCUCACCGACUGAACACGAUUAUCGACUCUGAUAUCGUCAUGGUGAUGGACGCGGGCCGGCUAGCUGAGGUGGGGAGUCCUCAGAAGCUGUUGAAAGUCAAAGACUCUCUGUUUUCCAAAUUAGCUAAGAGUUCGGGAGCCGGACAGGAAUAG